AUAUGUACAGUAUCCAACAUUUAACUGCAUUUAUUUAUAAUGUAUUUCAUUAUGAAUAGUGUUUUUUCUUUUGUUUAAUUUAAUGAUUUAAAUCUAUUGAUAUUUCAAAAUAAAAGUAACCAUCACAACUUUCCCACAGAAGAAAAAAGUCCAAAAUAUGAAAUGUAACCAUAGAACAGAACAGUUUGAUUGUUUUGUCUGAGGGGAACAGUCAAGAAAUAAAAUAUCAAGAGAUCAAUACUAGAUUUUUUUGUUAACUUAAUUGCAUUUUAUUUGUAAAGGCACCAUGUAGAACAGGGAUCAUCAACUGGCGGCCCGUGGCUACUUAAUCACAAUGUGAAAAAUAACCUAUUGACCCUCUCUUUGCUGUGACAUGACAAAUAAUAAUAAUAAUAACCUCCAGUUACUAAGUAACAGAAAUCCAGGGAUUAAAGCAGCGUCCAUAGUCAGGAUGGAAGGAUGAUUGAAGUAUGUUUCCACUGUUUGUUCUUACUGUUUUGUGCUUUGAAGGGAUUAUGGGAAAGGUUGCAAAGUGGCCAGUGAGUCAGUGAGAUCGUUGAUAAGGUUGAUAGGUUUCACUUACUCCAGGAAGGGGUCACAGUCUGCCCGCAGCACAUGAGGUAUAAAAUCGACCGGCAGGGAAGCAGAAUUCAUCAGUAAAAAGCCACCCUGCACAGAGAAAGAGAAGACAGAAAACAUUUUCUGAACAUGGUGACUGCUUCAACUAUGAUGGGUUCAGUGAAAUCCUCCGGACUCUGUCUACUUCUGAUGUCUUUCCUUCUUUACGUAGCUGAUUCUUACCCCAACAAUGACCUAUCAAACAUGGGCUGUGAGGAGUGCACGCUUAAGAGGAACAAUGUUUUCUCCUCUACUCGUCCCCUCUAUCAGUGCAUGGGCUGCUGCUUCUCCAGAGCGUACCCAACACCUCUCGGGGCCAUGAAGACGAUGUUGGUCCCGAAGAAUAUCACCUCAGAGGCAACAUGCUGUGUGGCCAAGCACAGCUAUGAGACCGAGGUGUUUGGCAUAAAGGUGAGAAACCACACAGAAUGCCACUGCAGCACCUGCUACUUCCAUAAGAUAUGACAGCUGGGAAGUGGAGACAACCCUGCAGCACUCAGCUCGGCAACAAAUGAUGCUUCUGUUCACGUACACAUGCUAUUCUCUGUUUUCAAAUGUAAACUCUUGUGUUGGCAAGUGUCUGUGAUUUGUAUUUAUUAGCCCACAUUUUUGCAUGGAUAGAUGUGUUUAAAACAAUGUAGAUUGAAAAGCAAUAAAAUCUCAUCCAGA